GCCGCGCGCCCUGAGCGCACAAUGGCGCAGGCGGGCGACGCUCCGGACGGCGGCGCCCGGGAGGCCGGCCAGGGCAGGCGGCGGCGGAGCCCGCAGCUCGGCCAUGCCGUCUGCCUCGCAACUGCAGCAGCCGGGCCGGGCGGAAGUGCCGCAGCCAUGGACCUAGGGCCCGUAACCAUCUGCGGAGAAGCAACCAUCUUACAUGGCGGAUUCCUGCUGGCUUCCAGGCUGUGCCAUCCCAAGCCGUUGUCGGAGUUGACCAAGUCUGAUUGGUGCAAAGUUGGGAAGCCCAUCACUGAUGCCCUGCGGGAGAUCUGUACCUCUUAUUCUACCUAUCCCCCCCAGCCCAAUGCUUGGAAGAAGAAAGCAAUUAUCAUCCUUUGGUCCAAAAUUCUCCUCACGGAUACCUCGUCUCCCUCCACUAACCAGAGGUGGAAAGACGAUGUCUUUUUCUCGGUGAGCAAUAUGAUUCCAGAAGUCAACCACACUAUCCUGUUCGAGCUGUUCAAGGCAGUGAAUGCUCCUCGGCUGUUUGCACAGCUCCUCUUGGUGCUGCCGGAGCCCGUUUGCCAGAGGGAGUUGGAGAUCUUCAUCAAAUACGUCGCCGAUGAGACCACUCCAGCAGACGCGUCUUUCUUCUUGGACGUCUGGUGGGAAAUUCUGAAGCACAAAGAUGGCCAGGAAGACAGACUCGCCUUGCUGUUUGGAGCCUUCUCUCACCAGCACCUCUGGGACUCAGAUGAAACCCCCCAGGUUCCAAAGAGGUUCAAGAGCGAUACGCCAAGUUCUCCCAUGGCUGCCGCUCUCCUCCCAGCCUUGAUGGAGGGGCUGAAGAUGAUAAAAGAGAACAUUGGCCCCACCAGGAUGAAGUGUUAUGCCCUGGCCAACCUGGUGGACGUGCUGUCUGUUUUGCUUCCAGCUGAGAGUAAACUGGCCUUACUGCCUGUCCAGGAUUACUUGGACAAGAUAUCCUCAGUGGUCACCCUCUGGAGCAGAGACUGUGAGAACCGAUACAACAAGAGGGGUUUGGAUGAGAAAGUGCAGGAAGCAGAGAGGAGUGUGAGUUUGCUUAAUGUGGCCAGACCGUACAGCAAUCCCUUGGUUGGCCACAUGGGCUUUCUCUGUGCCUUGCUGGACGAGUGGUCAGUGGAACUGCAGGGCCUCCUCAACAACCCUCAUGAGAUCUGCUACGAAAGCUACAGGCUUCUCGAUAGCCUGGCUUCCCUGGAGAAGAAUUUGACCAGGUGUACCAAGCUGGAAAAUCUUGACAAGGAACUGGCCCAAGGGAUGUCAGAGCUGGGCGAACACAUUGCGGACUUCUUAAAGAAGAUCAACCCCCUGGUGAGCGGCAACAACUCGGACAGCAGCCUUGCGGCAUCGGUGGCCAUGGUGAUUAUUGAGAAGAAGAUGGACCGGCACGUGGAGAUGUGUUCCAUCUUUGCUUCUGAAAAGAACUGGGCAUCCACUAAAGACUGGGUUGCUUGCCUCAUUAAGAACAAAGAACUGUUCCAGAAACCGGAGCUGGUCUUGAAGUUGCUGCAGACGGUGGCCUCUUUGGGCACCGCUGGUGAUUCUGCCGAAAGCCAGGAGCAGCAAGCAAAAGCAACCCAAGUCAUCCUUGACUGUUACACGGAACUUUCGUUGCUGGAUAAGAACACGGUCAUUUCUGGUGUCUUGUCUGUUUGGGGCAGGCAGGGCCUUUCUGGGAUCUUGAAGCUGUUUAGGGAAGGCUUUCCAGAGGAGCUCAACCUUGCUUUCAACCAGAUAAUUCAGAGUGCCUCUGGAGAAGGCUUUAAGAAAGCUGUUGCUUCAGUGUCCCGCUUGGCUAUACUAAACCCAGAGGCCACUGUCAAGAAAAUGUGUAAUUUAGCUGUGGCCAACUUAGGAACACACCAAUUCCUGGCAGAGAUCCUGUGCUCUUUCCCAGCUCUCAACUUCAAGGAACUUCAUGGCCAAGAUGAGUGCCUCGGCCUCAUGCUGGGAUGCUUGAAAGAGACUGUCGUGGACAAGCUGUCCUCUGCCAAAGACAAGGAACAGUUCUUGGAGUUCCUGGUUUGUCUCAUGCAGCCCAGUGGAGCCAGUCCUCUCCUUGCUCCGGCCGAGGUGACCCAAAACCUUGUUGUUCCUUUUCUGAGAUCAGACUUUCCCCAUGUUGAACUGUGCCUACAGAUCCUUGACGUGGCUUUGAAGGUGUCUUUGCCUUCUGACCAGCACUGGAUUCACACCUGCCACCCGUUUCCACUCAUCUUCUGCCUGUGCAAGCUCCUCCACGAAUUCACUCACUAUUGGCACGAGCCCCUGGACCGGCACCGUUACUCGCUCGAGACCAAGGACUUGGUGGCCAGCAACCUUGCGCAGCUCUGUGAUGCCCUUUUAGUUCAGAAGGACUCCGUGUCUCUAGAGGUGUGGACUCAGUCGGUCGCCUGGCUGCACAAAAAGGUGGAAGCCUUGGACUGGACAAUUGGUCUCCGUCUGAAGAAAGUUUAUGGAGAACACUUCAAAAACGAAGUCCCAGCGACUCUGUUUGAGGUCUGUAAACUCCCGGAGGACGACUGGACGUCCCGUCCCGUCCCAGCUUACGGGGCAGGGAGUGGUCUUCUGGCGUGGCUGGAGUGUUGUUGCAUCUCCACAGCCUUGAGGGAGCAGAUGCUCGUGCUGCUGAUGGUUAACAUGGACAAUCCCGAGGAAGUCAACUUGUUCAGCAAGGGCUUCUUGCUGGCCAUGGUGCAAGUAUUUCCAUGGUGCAGCCAGAGUGAAUGGAGAAGACUCAUCCAUGUAAUUAAGAGCCUCUUGGAAAGAGAGGUUCUCUAUGUGCCUUACUCUUUGGAAUAUGUUCAGUAUCUGCCUUUGCUGAACUUUCAGCCUUUUGCCUAUCACCUCCAGUUCUCAGUGCUUCUCUUGAGGGGGUUUCAAUUCCUAUGCAGUUCUAACGGUGCCACGUGGCUGCCAUUGGAAGCAUGGAAACACGUGGCAAGACUCUACUGCCUCGGCCUCUCCGAUAUGCUGGGCUCAGUCAAGGGCAUUGCCCGUUGUCAGUGGCAUCCUGUGGAGGAGAAGAAUGUGACACGGGAAUUAUCCUUCGUUUACAUCCAGAUGUUUUGCCACACGCUCCAUGUGGCAGCCAUGUUGCCAGAUGGCAUCAGCGAGCCCCUCCUGCUCCUCUCCCUGGAGAUCCUUUCUCAGUACGAGAUGCUCUGUGACGCAGACGAGUCCCUCGGUCGGGCCCUGAGGAAAGCCAACGAGAAGCACUUCCUGGAGUCCAUCACACAGAACGUCACCGACAAGGAGCUGCGCACCAUGCUCCUGCAAAAGCUCAAUAAGCUGUGAAAUGGACUUUGGUUGGGAAGUGGGCAGCCGAUUGUUACAGCCUGAGCUAAAGCCAAAAGCCUCUGGGUUCGUUUUGAUGCCAGCAUUUUGCCUCAUGAAAGAAUGGGGUGAAGACAGUCCGUGAGAAAUUUCACAAGAUCUAUAAUAAAACCUCUAUCUCUCUCCUCUCAUUUGGACUUGCUGCCUACUGAUAUGUGCAGUGUUGCUGUUUGCCUCUUUUUGGAGCAUGUUCGGUAGUCAGAAAUGGGCCAAAAUGCAUUGCUGGUUCCGCCCCUAAGGCAGAAACUCUUCAGAUGUUGUUUUUUGAGGUUGAGGUUAGGCUGACGACAAGCUGAGUUCUGUCAGGGCCCAAACUCUCAACACUGAUUAGUAGUUAUUUGUUCUUUUAGGAUGUCAGAGAAGUUUGCAAGAUAUUGAAGGUGGGAAAUACGUCUGUGGAAAGGAAGGGCUCCCCUCAUGGUUGGAACCAAAAUUGCUUAACAAAAUAAAUGUGGUCUGUGCUGAAUUUUUCAAAAUACCUUGACCCUAUUGUUUUUUUUAAAAAAAUACUACAUAGUGACGAUCCUGUCAUCUGAAGAAAUGGCUUCUAAACCUCAAAAUUUUAUGCUGAAAUAAAAUGUUAACUUUUAAGGA